UCCCAAUCCUUUCAUCUUCAUCUCUCUCUCUCUCUUGAUCAGAGGUGAAUCCUAGCAUCAUGGCGGUCCCGGCGGCCCUCGCAGUUAUCCCCAUCGGUCUCCUCUUCAUCCUCUCCGGCUUCACCGUCAACCUCAUUCAGCAUGAUUGAGUUUCUGGUCGAAAUCUAUACCAUGUCCGGCAUUUUCUUUAAGCUCGAAUGCUGCAUCGGCUUGCCAAUUUAUCUACCAGAACCGGAGAUGUCUUGCCCGUGCCAUCAUUGGCACCGUGUUUGUCGGAGCUGAAGCAGUUUUGUUGCAAAUGUUUCUUCUCGACGGCUCCUGUUUGAGAACGUUCAUAUCAUGCGCACCCUUUACGUGUGUUUGCAGGCAGUAGUUUACAUCCUCGUCCGUCCGAUUUCGAAGAACUUGUACAGAAAGAUCAAUAAAGUAGUCGCAGAAUUGCUCUGGUUGGAGCUCAUUUGGCUCAUCGAUUGGUGGGCAGGCGUCAAGGUAGAAGUAUACGCAGACUCCCAGACUUUCGAAUUGAUGGGUAAAGAACACGCUCUCCUCAUUUGCAAUCACAAGAGUGACAUUGACUGGCUUGUAGGGUGGGUCUUAGCUCAGCGUGCAGGUUGUCUUGGUAGUGCCCUAGCUAUCAUGAAGAAAUCCGCAAAAUUCCUUCCCGUCAUAGGCUGGUCAAUGUGGUUUUCGGAUUAUAUUUUCUUGGAUAGGAGCUGGGCAAAGGAUGAAACCACAUUAAAGUCAGGUUUCCAAAGACUUGCUGAUUUCCCAAUGCCAUUUUGGUUGGCUCUUUUUGUAGAGGGAACUCGGUUUACCAAGGCAAAGCUUUUAGCUGCUCAAGAGUAUGCUUCCUCAAGAGGGUUGCCUAUUCCCAGAAAUGUUUUGAUUCCUCGCACCAAGGGGUUUGUUUCGGCAGUAGCACAUAUGCGCUCAUAUGUUCCCGCCAUUUAUGAUUGCACGGUGGAUAUCUCGAGAGCACAUGCUGCUCCUUCAAUGCUGAGAAUUAUUAGAGGACAGUCUUCUGUGGUAAAAGUGCAAAUCAGGAGACAUACAAUACAAGAAUUGCCGGAAACCGCAGAUGGCAUUGCACAGUGGUGCAAGGAUGCAUUUGUCACCAAGGAUGCUUUACUGGAGAAGUAUCGUACCAAAGACAUAUUCGGCAACCUUCCAGUUCAAGACAUUGGUCGUCCCGUAAAAUCAUUAAUUGUCGUUCUCUGUUGGUCUUGUCUGCUGGCCUUCGGAGUCGUCAAAUUAUUCCUUUGGUCCUCUCUGCUCUCUUCAUGGGAAGGCAUGCUCUCAGUGGGCCUCAUAUUGCUCAUCAUAGCCAUUGUCAUGCAAAUCCUCAUCCAGUCCUCCGAGUCCGAGCGAUCAACUCCAGUCGAGGCCCUUCAAAAAGACCCUGCGAAGGAGAAACUCCUCCACAAAUGAGCCACGAUCGUCCGCUCGUAUCACAAUCUACGAUAUGUUUCCCAAAAAAUCUUUCCAAGAUCACUCGGGAGUCAGGCUUCUAUCUAUGCCUUCUGCUCAAGUGUCUCUGUAUAUGCAAGUACCAGCCGUAUUUUCCCUGUUGUCCUUACGAGUAACUUUAGAACAGACUGAGUGAACAUGAUUUUGUACGUCAUCCAUGUGUACAUUCUACGUACUGAUAUAUUGCAUUCGUUUAUAUAUUGAAUUA